AUGAUACGAAUCACUUCACGUUGCCUUUGCCCACCAUCUCGAUUCGCGUCUACGAGUAGUAUGCAAAUGGAUGAGUCUCCCUUCAAAACGAUGCUCAAUACGAACACUGUGCCCAGCGACGCGGAAUGCGAUGCCAUCCACGCCUUUCUCGCGUCGCACACCACAAAACUCGCGGAGCUCGACGCGGAGACUGCCCGCUUGCGGAACUUGCUGAAUACUGUCGUCCUGGAGCGCAAUCACCUUCAAGACUUUGUUGAUGCCCACAAGGCGCUUGUGUCGCCCAUGCGACGGGUUCCUGAGGACAUCUUACGCCUUGUAUUCCUCAAGACGCUCCCGGAAGAUCGUGGCGCGGCGAUGCACCCGAGUGAGGGCCCGCUGUUGCUUUCGCGGGUGUGCAGAUACUGGCGGGACCUGGCUCUGGCGACGCCGCAGCUGUGGUCGUCAAUCCAUAUCGUUGUCCCACAUCAUUCGGAGUCGGACAGGGUACAACAAGUGGUGACAAGUCUCGCCAGGUGGCUUGAAAGGGGUGGCGCCGCGCCGCUGGACGUUUCGCUGCAUCGGUCGCGGCCGCAGUGGCGUGGAGAUUUACAUGUGAGUGCGGAGCUACAGAUGGAUGCCGGUUCCGGGCCCGGACCGUUUCCACUGUUUUCUGCUCUUCUCGCCGCUUCUCCGCGCUGGCGUGACAUGAAGCUGCUGCUUCACUAUUUCAAUGACCAACAGGCCUUGACAGUGCUCCAGGCGCACGAUGUACCACAGCUUCGCACCAUCGACCUCUUGCCAAUCCACCAUGUACAGCUCCCUUUCUUGGCCACACCCAGUCUGCGCCACCUGACUACCGAGGGCCGUAUGCCACUGUUUCCCGAAAACAUUGCAUGGCACAAUCUUGUGUCCCUGGAUAUCCAAGCGAUGUACAGCAUGGACCAACCUGCGCCUGCUGUGUUUCCAUUCCCCUUCUUACCGCACUGCGUUUCGCUGGAGAGACUAGCCGUAAGUAUUGCGGGCGGUAACCCGCUCAUUCCUGGGGGCGUUGACGCCUUUGCGCUGCCGAGGUUGACUACCCUCGAUAUUGGCGUGUUUGAUGUAAGCGUCAACGUGUCACCCGCCAUCGCACUUAUCAGUACCCCCAUGCUGCACACUGUGGAAAUCGCCCAGAGCCUAUUCACUCCUGACAUCCUACGCCAUAUGAGCCACAUCCGCCACCUCGUGCUCUCGAUCCAUGACAUGCCUACAGAGAUGCUCACCACCGCCCUCCGGCUCGUCCCCGGGUUGGAGCGCCUCCGGCUGAUCGGAGAGCCAACACGGCCUGCUGAUCCACUGCCUGGCUUCGGCUUCCCCCACCUGAGGCAGGACCCCGAUUAUCUCGCCCAGCUCCUCCCGGGGCCGGAAGGCGCCGUCUGUCCCGCGCUGCGCCACCUUGAGUUAGCUAAUGUUCGGUACGCCGCCGACACGCUUGUCAUACGUCUCCUCCGCGCGCGCACGGUCGAUGUCCUGCCUGGCGCGGGGAUCGCGCGCUUGACCGAGUUCAGCUGCAACUUCUCGCGCGGGCCGGGCCUUGACAUCCGGGCGGCGCUGGCAGACUGCUCGGGCCUCAAGCUGCGCACUACAUACCACCAUGUGCACCAGUGGCCUGGGUACUCGGCGCUUGAAGGGACAGAGCGCGACCCCGCCUUAUCCGAGGGUUCUUUUAGUGUGGACGACCGUGACACUAUAUGGUGGGACAUGCCGUGA